UAUUUAUAUAAGUCUUGUUACUAGCCAUGUGAGCUGAAUCGUGACCUGCUUAUCAGCUUUGUCUAUAAGUGGUAUACGCUGCAUUCUUACCGCCGCAGAUCCACAAAGAUAUCCUCAUUAUAAUGGCUGUCCGUGUCCUUGUGCUCGUUUUCACAGCUACUUUGUCCACAAAUGCUUUCUUCCUUGACACAAUAGACCAAGGAAGAUCUCAUUACAACUCAUACAAUUUACAUGAACCAUGUACUCAUAUAAAAGCCCUGAUUCAUGAGUGGGAAAAAGCUCAUCAUUUAGAAGCUGUGAGGAAGAUAUACGAAUACAUUGUGACUCACGAGAGCAACCACCAAGGACACAUAGAAAACGACAGAAAAGUGAGGUAUACCUACUCCAGUACCUUCGAUGAGGCCUUCAACAACCAUAACCGCAAUCCGGACGUAUCUAGAGUAGAACAACUAAUAUCACACAACAGAGAAUCAGGAUGCAUGCAAACGCUGCAGUCAUAUUGUGAAGAACUCCUCCAUAUUCAAGUCAACUCUCACCACCACCAAUCUACUCACAAGCCGACAGAAAAACCAACAACGGUCCAUGUCACCCCACAUAAGACAACCACAACUUUACCACCUACUACCACCACCUUACCACCAACAACAACAACCAUACCACCAACUACCACCACCUUACCACCAACAACAGCCAUGCCACCAACUACCACCACUAUUCCAAUAACCACUAUGACAGAGCAACCAUCUACCACCACAUUACCACCUCUUAAUCUAAAAACGUGUGACGCCUUCGCCUUUGUAAUGGCUCUGGCCAGCGGAGACAAGGUCCUGCAACAGUCUGCUGGUCUUUGUUCAGACGGAACACACAGCCAGUCCGAGGCUGUACUCCUUAAGACCUGUAAAAGUCCAGCACCAUCUACGUGGACUGCCGGACCAAAGGUGAUAGAGAACUGCUCCAGAAUCCCGGCUUACACCCCAAUUGCUACUUUUGAGUUUGGUCAGUACAAUAUGGACUCCUCGUCAUUGUCUGGAAUCUUUGUGGAGUGUACGGAUGAUGGAUUUAAGAUGGCGGCGCAGCUAUGUGGACAUGGGCCUGAAAUUUACACGAUCCACAAAGGUGGUUCCACACUUCGACAAGAUGCCAACAGUUAUUUUGUUGUUAACAUUUAAAAAGAUUCUGCAUCUUCUGUGAUACUCAUUUCUUUUGUACAUAGCAUCAUUAUCUGUUAUACAAAGCAAUCACAAAUCAUUCCAUCA